AUGGAGGCGGCAGGAGCGCUGGCGAGUUUGGCACCGUCCCCCAUCACUGUACUGGGUCUGAUACCACUCCUAGCACUAGGAAUCACGUAUUUCAGAUACCAGCAAUUCGACCCGGAAUCUUAUAUAUCAGACGUCAACUCCGUGAUGCCGAUUUACGAUUUUAUAGUAGUCGGAGGCGGCUCGGCAGGUGCAGUGGUCGCGUCACGCCUGUCCGAGAUCAGUAACUGGACAGUCCUGCUCCUGGAGGCCGGCCAGGAUGAAACUGAAAUCUCCGACAUACCGGCACUAGCCGGCUACACGCAGCUUUCAGACAUAGAUUGGAAAUUUCAAACGACUCCUUCUAACAACCGCUCUUACUGCCUAGCAAUGAACGGGGAUCGUUGCAACUGGCCUCGAGGGAAGGUACUUGGUGGCAGCAGCGUCCUCAACGCAAUGGUCUACGUUAGAGGAAACCGUAACGAUUAUGAUCUGUGGGAGGCCCUCGGAAAUCCCGGCUGGUCUUAUGACCAAGUACUGCCCUAUUUUUUGAAGUCUGAAGACAACAGAAAUCCGUAUUUAGUAAACACGCCGUAUCAUUCUGCCGGUGGACUUCUCACAGUCCAAGAAGCGCCAUGGAGAACACCUCUAUCUGUUACGUUUAUAAAAGCUGGCAUGGAACUUGGCUACGAGAAUCGAGAUAUAAACGGGGCAAAGCAAACCGGUUUCAUGUUGACCCAAGCGACAAUGCGCCGUGGUAGCCGAUGCAGUACAGCCAAAGCUUUCCUGCGUCCCGUAAGACAACGGGAUAACUUACAUAUCGCUCUCGGUGCUCAAGUGACGCGCAUACUGAUCAAUCCGGUUAAAAAACAGGCUUACGGGGUCGAAUUUGUGCGUAACGGUCAAAAACAUAAAGUAAGAAUAAAAAGGGAAGUGAUUAUGUCGGCUGGAGCCUUGGCCACACCUAAACUAAUGAUGCUAAGCGGCGUCGGUCCUGCCGACCAUUUAAAGGAACACGGCAUUCCGGUUAUAGCGAAUCUAAAAGUGGGUCACAAUUUACAAGAUCAUGUUGGACUCGGCGGUUUAACUUUCGUAGUAAACAAACCGGUGACAUUUAAAAAGGACCGCUUCCAAACGUUCUCUGUAGCUAUGAACUACAUUCUAUACGAGAAAGGACCGAUGACGACGCAAGGUGUUGAAGGCUUAGCAUUUGUAAACACGAAAUACGCGCCGUCAUCAGGCAAUUGGCCCGACAUACAAUUUCAUUUCGCUCCGAGUUCUGUAAAUUCAGACGGCGGAGAGCAGAUUCGACGAAUUCUGAAUUUGCGUGAUAGAGUAUAUAAUACGGUGUAUAAACCUAUUGAAAACGCUGAGACAUGGACGAUACUCCCGUUGUUGCUGCGCCCUAAAAGUUCGGGUUGGGUUAAACUGAAAAGUCGAAAUCCAUUCCAUCCUGCGUCUAUAGAGCCCAACUAUUUCGCUUAUAAAGAGGAUAUCAAGGUAUUGAUAGAAGGUAUCAGAAUAGCUAUGGCUAUAUCUAACACGACAGCCUUUCAGCGGUACGGGUCGAGGCCUCAUAACAUUCCUCUUCCGGGCUGUCAACAUCAUGUGAUGUUUAGUGAUGAAUACUGGGAGUGCAGUUUGAAACACUUCACGUUUACUAUUUACCAUCCGACGGGGACAUGUAAGAUGGGCCCCAAGCAUGACCAAGAAGCCGUUGUGGACCCGAGGUUGCGCGUCCACGGGGUAGCAAACCUCAGGGUAGUGGACGCUAGUAUUAUGCCCACAAUUAUAAGCGGGAAUCCAAAUGCGCCAGUUAUUAUGAUCGCUGAAAAGGCUUCGGAUAUGAUCAAGGAGGACUGGCUCGUGUUAUGACAGUGUUGUGUUAUAUUAUUUAUUGUAUGUGAACUUGAAAUAUUAAACAAGCUGUUGACAUUACAAAAUAAUCGUAGUGUAAUGUUGUACUAGUUUUAUUAAGUCUGUAUAUAGAAUAUGAACAAAUGAUCAUUGUAAGUAACGAGUCUUAGGUACAUGUAAUAAUUACUACCUAUUAUUAAGAUAAGUACUUAAUAAAAGCGAUUAAUUAAUUAAA